UAGGGUUUAUGACCUUUUGAGCCAUGGCUGUAGUUGCCUCUUCGUUACUACUCGCCGCUUUCUUUACUAAAUUCGCAAAAAACUGAUUUUUACAUAAAAUUCUUACAAGGUUUUCAAAAUCUUGAUUCUAGAUUAACAGGUUUUAUCUAAUAUUUUUAUCAACUUUCACUAUUUAUUUUUCUGUUUAUAAUUUUAACAACUUAUAUUAAUAAAUAUUAUUAUUUAACAAGAGUUAAAAGUGACAAGUGUAAACACAAUAUAAUAAGUAAUAACGGCGGUAAUAACAUAAAAUGUUUACCGAUUAUAUAUUUACACCCAAACUUUACAAAGUAUAUACUGGAAUUCGGAGAAACGAUGACUAUGUUCAACUAUGGCAAGAAAAAGUAGCAGAUAGAAUAUUAAUGACAACUUACAUCGUUUCACAAGUUGCCACUUACCUUUCACCUGCAUUAUUAUACAUGUAUGGUAAAUGGCUGUUAAGUCCAGAAUUUGUAAACAAACUAUUUUUCCGCGGAUCAAUAUUAGGAAUAACUUUGAUGACAACAUUUAUUUUAAGAAGUUAUGGAAGAGCUAUAAAUCCAAAGUAUAAAGCUUUUCAUAAAGAUCUUAUAAAUGCUAAAUUGGAUUAUUCAACUGAUAAUAAGAAAAAACUGCACAGCUACGACUUUGAUUUUUCAGCAUGGCCUGUAGACUUUUCAUGGAAUUCUGCUGAAGAAGAAAGUUACAAAUCAAAUUUAACAAGUAAUAAUUUUAAGAUGACACUAAAACUUUUGAGUAGUCCUACUCGUCUUAUUGGGUUCAUAGCAGUGCAUACUUUUGGAAUAUCAUUAAUUUAUCCUGGUUCUACUUCACUUUUAUUCUAUUUAAUGGAUCAGAAUUUACAGAAAGGAAGAAGAGCUUUAAUCACUUCAUUUGGAGGUGUACGAUAUAAAUUAAAAACUAUUGAUGGAAAUUUUGUAGACUCGAUGUUCAUAGACAAAAGACAAUCAAAUAUUAAUUCUUUGAACCCAAAAUUAAUUAUUUGUACUGAAGGAAACGCUGGAUUUUAUGAAGCAGGAAUUAUGAGUUCAGCUAUUGAAACUCAUCAUUCUGUCUUGGGAUGGAAUCAUCCUGGAUUUGGAUAUAGUACAGGUGUACCAUAUAUAGAACAAGAACAAAAUGCAGCUGAAACUGUAAUAGAAUUUGCUAUUAAGCAUUUAAAAUUUAGUCCUAAAAAUAUUAUAUUAUAUGGUUGGAGUAUUGGUGGUUUUGCUUCCACUUAUUUAGCCAAAAAGUUUCCUGAUGUACAUGCUGUGAUACUGGACGCUACAUUUGAUGAUCUGGCACCGUUAGCAAUUCCACGGAUGCCUAGCUUUGCUGAGAAACUAGUAGAAUUUACUGUAAAAGAAUUUUCAAACUUGAAUGUGGCUGAAAAUUUAGUUCAAUAUCCAGGCCCAGUUCUACUAAUUCGACGAUCUAGUGAUGAAAUCAUUGCACUUGAUCCUCAAAAUGUAGCUACAAAUCGAGCAAAUUACUUAUUAGAAUUAUUAUUAGAAAGAAGAUUUCCAAAACUCUUUUCCAGUGAAUCUAGGUCAGCUCUUUGGGUUUGGCUAUCCACAUCUGGUGAACAACAAAAUCAAGUGCAUUUGCAAUACAAUGUUGACUUAAACACUCAAUCACAACUAUUUCCAUCAUCCAGUAAAAAUUAUCCAUUAAAUCUAGGUGAUGGUUGGAAAGAUCAAGAAAAAAUAAAAAUGCUACUGUACUUGGCUGAUUAUUAUAUGAAAGACUAUAAUUCCACUCAUUGCACUCCAUUGCCAACACGGUAUUUAGGUUACAUAAUUUAAGUAAAAAUUAGUUUUUUUUAAGCAUCUUUUAUUAAUAUUUUGGUAUAAUGUUUCAGUCUUCAUGUUUUUAACCUUUAUAUAAAUCUUAUUAUUAGUAAUUAUUGUAAAAUAAUAUUUUGUUUCUGUAUAUGUAUAUAAUUAUGAAAUGUUGGUAAAUUUGAAUAAUACAUUUUAACUUAAAUAGGUUAUUUUUGUUGUAUUUAAUUUUGAAGGGGCUACUAUCCAAAGUAAAGUUUCUCACAUUCUAAUUACUUAUUACAUAGCCUAUGGAACUUUUUAAUAUACUAUUGUGAUUACCAAUAACUAGCCAAUAAGAAGUUAUAUUAAUUAACAAGGUGGCACACCGCACUGGUGCGUCCUUUCUUUUAUCUGCCACUCUUGUUGGCACUCUUUCUUUUUAGACAUACUACUCAUAAUAUCUGGAAUAUAGUAUAAUCCUGACCAAGUUGCAGCUGACUACCUUGCCUCCCCUAUGAAAUACCUAUACUUAUGGCUAAAGUUUUUAGAAUAAUAAUAUUAUUUCUCGUGAUUAAUUAAUAAUGUGUAUAUUUAAGCAAAUAAAUAAGUGAUCAAAUACAGAUAGAGAUUACUAGAUUAGUAUA